GUGGUGGAGAAGUGACAACAUACUUGUUACGCGACACGCAAAGCCUCUCUCUCUCUCUCUCCUUCUUCUUCUUCUUCUCAAAAGCUUCAUCUUUGCUUAUAAAAAGCGUUUUGAUGGACACCAUCCCUCUGCUUCUCUGCAUCCAACCACCUCCAUCGGCAUGGGUUUCAGGCUCAACCUCAAGUGCGUCGUCCCUGUUCAGUCUCAUCUCCUCUCCAACUCGCCGACUCGACUCUCUCCCUCUGUCAGAGGCAAGGAAGCUUCUUUUAGCUCAGGAAGAUUGUCUUCUCUGUCCAGUAUAGCCGAGGAGGUUGAGCCCUGCCAUAAAUAUCAUUCGAGAGCGUGCAAAUGUUCGUCUGCAUCCACUCCUACCUUGGAAGAUGAUCUAUCCAAAAUGACGGAUACGAAGGUAAUCAUUGGCAAGAGGCCAUUCAGUAGUAUAAACAGUGAUACUGGUGGAAUUCACAUAUCACACAGGGCAAGCAACUCUAAAGGCAACACUAGCUUACAAUCAGUCAAGGCAGCACAUUAUAGUUUGUUGAUGGAAAAUCUUAAUGCAUUAGAGGAUACUCUUACAGAUUCAGAUGCGUUAAUAUUGGAGAGAGAUAUUUUGCUACAGUUAGGAAGACUUGGAGCUCUAAAGUUAUUUCAUGCCUGUCUGUCAAAAGCUUUCGAUGGCCCAGAUGCUUGUGAAGUAUCUGAUGCUUUGGUGGAAAAGAAGAUGAGCAGUAAAAGGGACAAUCAUGUCAAAAGAAUCAUUCGGUCAGGGAAAAGAGAAACGAGAAAAUCAAGAAGUGAAAGAAAAUCUUCAAAACCCAACCAAAAUUCUCCUAUUUCAUUGCUUUCAACUGCCAAUCAGAAAUGGCUCCAACAACCUUCAUUUUCAUCUCAUAGACGAGCAUCAAACUCCAAGAGAAGAAGGUCGAUAAUUGCUAGGAAUGAGGCCGAAAUGUCAAGAGGAGUUAAGGUGGUUGCAGAAUUGGAGAGAAUAAGAACAAUCUUGGAAGAGGAAAGUGGGCAGGUGCCCAGCUUGCGUUGCUGGGCGGAAGCUGCUGGAGUGGAUGAAAAUGUGCUGCGUCAGAACUUGCAUUUUGGUUGGUUUUGCAGGGAUGAGCUUUUGAGGAGCACUCGCUCCUUAGUUAUAUUUCUUACAAGGAAUUACAGGGGUCUUGGUAUUGCACAUGAAGAUUUAAUUCAGGCAGGAAAUAUGGGUGUGCUUCGUGGUGCAGAAAGGUUCGACCACGCAAGAGGCUACAGAUUUUCCACCUAUGUUCAGUACUGGAUCAGAAAAUCUAUGUCCAGAAUGGUGGCAUGGCAUGCUAGAGGGAUCCGAAUUCCUACCACAUUAGCCACUGCAGUGAAUCAGAUACAGAAGGCUCGGAAAUCUCUUAAUAACCGCCACAGAAAAUAUCCUGACGACAAGGAGAUUGCAAAGCUCACUGGCUUCUCUGUAGCUAAAGUCAGAUCAGCCAGCCAAUGCCUGAGAGUCGUGGGUUCAAUAGAUCAAAAAAUGGGAGAUUACAGCAAUGCAAAAUAUAUGGAAUUUACACCUGAUCCAUCUCUGAGAAGCCCUGAGGAAACGGUCAUACGGCAAAACAUGAGGAGCCAAAUUCAAGAACUCUUGAGUGGCUUGGAUUGUAGAGAGAGGCAAGUUCUCAUACUGAGAUAUGGGCUUAAAGAUAAUCAGGUUAAGUCACUAGAAGAAAUCGGGAGAUUAUUCGAUGUAAGCAAGGAGUGGAUAAGGAGAAUAGAGCGAAAGGCCAUGGAGAAACUAAGAGACAAAGAACUAUGUAGUAGCCUGAGCCACUAUCUAAAUAUAUAAUACUAGUGUCAUAUGAGAGUUA